ACAACAUCCACGUCUCGAAGUUAAUAUGAGUUUGAAAAAGUCGCAUUGUCAGGAUUCUCCGACAGGCAACUCAGAAAUAGAGAUGCAAAUAUCCAUAUAACAUCGAUAUCGUUAAAAUAACGGUGAAUCGACGAAUAACGUGAUCAACGUGAGGGCCUUAUCAUCUAAAUAAUGCUGAAGCAAAUACGCAAGUUUACGACAAAUUAAUGACAUUUCUAACAAUGUCAUCACGAGCAUCUUGACAGAGAAUUGCAGUUUCAUUUGCGCAAAGAUCCGCCGAAGUAUUUUGUGAGUUUUUUUUUGGUCGGCGAAUCAAGAGGAAUCGACCGUCAGAAAAAGAGAAAAUUCUCUCGCUGACCCUGAUAAAUCGACCCCCCAAAGAUCUGUCUAAACCGUCGACUAUGUGGAUCCAGUGAAUCUCGUUGAAAUCUUCCGUAAACGCCAAAUACAUCGUGAUAAAUCUUUUCUGUGAACAUUUAUGAGAUAAACAUGCGGAGCACAAUGCAUCUGCCGUUUGUAAUUCUACUCAUAUUUUCCGCGAUCUGCGUACACGCCGAAGAGAUAUCUACCGAGAUUUUUAGCAGCGUCACAGAGGAACCGAUUCUCCGAGUACGAAGCUUGCCAACGACGACUAAUGUGGUCGAAAGAAAUUGGACCAGCCUGUCGGACAUGCUGGAUGUUUUUAGUGCGCGUAAUUUAGUAAAGAAUUGGGUCGAAGGGAAGUACCCCGUCGGAGUACAAUGCGGCAAAGACAUGACGAUGUACAUCGAUGCUCUGAAGAAUGAAGAAUUGUGGGCUCUUAAAAUUGACGAUGCAUCCGGUAGAUUCACAACCGGAUUUUUCUGGGGUAAUUCUUAUUUUAUGGGGUCAGCCACCGAAUGCCAUUAUAUCGGAAAGAACCCAUCGCACCAUACGUAUUCAAAACAACACGUAAAAGAUUCCAAAGUUACUACAUUCGAAGAGAUUCAUACGGAGUCACGAAAAAAAAUCAAUACGGGUAUUAGCGGAACCAGCGUUUGGACUCAAACAGACUCCGUCGAAAUGCCUUUUCAAUUGGGAUUCUAUAUGCUAAAACUUUCUAUAAAUGUAUCUUAUACACCUACAAGACUGAUUCACCUGGGCGUUUGCCUGCCGUUCUCAUGCACCGCCUCCGACGUCGUCGUGAUCGGGAAACUCGCCGCAAGCGAACUUGCAGCAAAGCAUUCAACGAUUGAAAAAGUCAGAGAUCAGCAUAACUCAUAUGACAUGUACACAGAUCCGAUUUUCUGGGUUUUAUCCGGUGUCAGCGUGGUGGUCUUGAUACUGAUGAUUCUCGGUACCGGGUAUGAAUAUCAUCUGUCGAGAAAGCUAGUCCGCAAGAGAAAUGCAAUCUACGAUUUGGAAAAGCAUGGGAAACUUGAUCAUCUCACUAAUGGUGAUCGGAAGGUCAUAAAUGUGGCAGAUUCUAGUAGCAACGGCAUGCAGUCAAUUAACAAUAACAACAGUCUCGAGAACGACUUGCGAGCGUCUACCAAAGAGGAGCAACAGCUUAGUACCUUCGAGGAACUUCUGCUUUCUUUCUCCGUUCCCGCUAAUUUGAGAGUUAUCUGCGAUCGUAACGUGGGCAGAGACACAAUUAGCACCGUGCACGGGCUUAGAGCGAUAUCGAUGGCCUGGGUCAUCCUCGGGCACACGUGCAUUAUCGUUUUUAAAUACUCGGACAACAUGGAAUAUCGCAAAGUGGUGGAGAAGCGAUUCCUCUUCCAGACCAUCACGAACGGGGCUUUCAGCGUCGAUACAUUUUUCUUCAUGGGCGGUUUGCUCGUGGCCUUUCUAUAUUUUAGAACCAACGCCAAGGGAGACCUGAAGAGACUCACGCAGGGCACGCGAGGCUUCGCCGCGGGCACCUUAAAAUUCAUCGGGCUUCUUUUGUAUCGAUUUUGUAGGCUCACCACGCCGUACAUGUUCGUACUAGGUGUAGUCGAGAUCUCGAUGAAGCAUUUCUAUACGAAUUCCGUUUUCGAGCCUCCCACGGCAGAUCAUUAUAAUUGUCCUAAUUAUUGGUGGAGGAAUUUACUCUAUAUCAAUACGUGGUUUCCCGUCGACCAAAUGUGUAUGCUUUGGAGUUGGUACCUAGCGGACGAUACGCAGUUCUAUAUUGUUGGCGGAGUGAUUCUGAUACUGGCUACAAAUCACUUCAAAAUCGCUGCUUUCGCGUUAGUCACUCUGUUAGUAAGCUCAUGGGUAACCACCGGCUACAUCGCCCUAGUUAAUAAUCACAUGCCGAGCCUGGACGAUCCGUUGGCCCUCUUCGACAAGAUCUACGACAAGCCGUGGACGAGAUUGGGCCCUUAUCUGAUCGGCAUGACCGUCGGCUACUUUCUCUUCAAGACUGAUUGCAAAGUAAAAAUGUCUAAGACUACCGUCGUCGUGGGGUGGCUCCUGUCCUCUGCGUGUCUCUUGAGUUUGCUUUAUGGUUUAUACGAGGCGGAACUUACACCCGUUACCGCAGCGGCGUAUUCAUCCUUGAGCCACAGUGCGUGGGCACUAGGUCUAGCGUGGAUCGUAAUAGCGUGUAGUACUGGCUACGGUGGAUAUGUAAAUAAGAUUCUAUCGUGGCCACUCUUAUACCCGUUCAGCAGAGUGACUUACUGCUCUUAUCUAGUUCAUCCGCUUGUGAUUCGUCUAACCGCUAUGAACCUAGACUCUCCGUUUCAUCUAGGGAAAGAUGUAAUGAUGAUAACAUUUCUGGGGCAGCUAGUGCUAUCGUACGCGUUGUCGUUUGUAGUGUCAGUCGCUUUUGAAGCACCGGUGGUCAGUAUGCUGAAGAUUGUCUCACCGAAAAAGCGGAAACGCAUACAAUAGAGAUUAAAGUAUAU